GUAUCAUCUCAGAAUCGACCUACAUUGAAUCGCUGGAAGAAGUUGCACACGAAUCAGGCUUGCCAGACUUCAGAUUAGAAGGAUCGCUACAGGAUUUGCUUUGUAGCAAAUAUACAAUUACGACAAUAAUUAGCACAUGCGUGUGAAGCAUUACAAAAUUAUAAAAACAAAGACAAGAAAACAUUAUCAGAAAUGAAGGGACAGUGCGCAUCAAAAUCAGCAGGCCAACUUACAAAAGAAGCUAGAGAAGCUAUUAUCAGGAGGAAACAUCAACUCCAACAAAAAAGGAGUAAGAGAUGCAUGAAUACACAUGAAACAACCAAUAAAAAAGAAGAUGCUUCACGAAAGAGAAAGGAACAAAUCAAAGAAAGAAAAUAUGUCAACCGUGCAAGAACAAAUGUGAGCGACAAUGAUCUUGAAAGCAACAUCAUAGAAAGAACCAACAGCUCCACGUCCAGAAGUUAUUAUAGCCCGAUAUGGAACUUCGGAAAGCCAACAUAUAGAUGUGAACAUUGCAAUGCAAUACUAUGGUGUGAAGAAAGAUUAAAUUCUCAUAGAGGAACCAAAAAUCAUUCUUUCAGAAUUUGCUGCAAACAAGGUAAAAUCGACCUACCAAAGAUAGCAUAUCCUCCACCUUACCUCGCAGGGCUAUUAAUAGGUGAAGGAAGUGAUGCAACAAACUUCAGAGAAAAUAUAAGGUCAUACAACUCAAAGUUUUCAUUCACGUCAAUGGGAGGAACUAUUGACAAAGAAAUAAACAAAGGCAAAGGACCUUUUGUUUUUAGACUGCAUGGCCAGAACUACCACUAUAUUGGAACUCUUCUACGUGAACAAGGAUCGCUACAGGAUUUGCUUUGUAGCAAAUAUACAAUUACGACAAUAAUUAGCACAUGCGUGUGAAGCAUUACAAAAUUAUAAAAACAAAGACAAGAAAACAUUAUCAGAAAUGAAGGGACAGUGCGCAUCAAAAUCAGCAGGCCAACUUACAAAAGAAGCUAGAGAAGCUAUUAUCAGGAGGAAACAUCAACUCCAACAAAAAAGGAGUAAGAGAUGCAUGAAUACACAUGAAACAACCAAUAAAAAAGAAGAUGCUUCACGAAAGAGAAAGGAACAAAUCAAAGAAAGAAAAUAUGUCAACCGUGCAAGAACAAAUGUGAGCGACAAUGAUCUUGAAAGCAACAUCAUAGAAAGAACCAACAGCUCCACGUCCAGAAGUUAUUAUAGCCCGAUAUGGAACUUCGGAAAGCCAACAUAUAGAUGUGAACAUUGCAAUGCAAUACUAUGGUGUGAAGAAAGAUUAAAUUCUCAUAGAGGAACCAAAAAUCAUUCUUUCAGAAUUUGCUGCAAACAAGGUAAAAUCGACCUACCAAAGAUAGCAUAUCCUCCACCUUACCUCGCAGGGCUAUUAAUAGGUGAAGGAAGUGAUGCAACAAACUUCAGAGAAAAUAUAAGGUCAUACAACUCAAAGUUUUCAUUCACGUCAAUGGGAGGAACUAUUGACAAAGAAAUAAACAAAGGCAAAGGACCUUUUGUUUUUAGACUGCAUGGCCAGAACUACCACUAUAUUGGAACUCUUCUACGUGAACAAGGUAACAAACCUCGAUUUGCCCAGCUAUACAUCUAUCAGACAGAAAAUGAGGUGCAAAACAAGAUAGAUGCUUCAAGAUGUAAUGAUAAAAAAACAACGGUGGACCCUGCCAUUGUCAAAGAACUACAAGAAAUGGUUGAUGAGAACAACAUCCUUGCAAAAUCAUUCAGAAUGGCAAGAGAUAGAUUCGAAGAAGAAGACUACCACGAUUACACUCUUCGAAUCUUGGGAAAAGGAACCGAACACACAACCUUCCAUCUGCAUUAGACGUUGCAGCAUUAGUUGUAAGAGACCCAACUGGAGAGAGCGAAGGACGAGACAUCAUUGUCGAGUACAAAAAUAUGGAACCUCACAGAAUAUCGGAUAUCCAUCCGAAAUUAAUGUCAAUGCAAUACCCGUAAUUGUUUCCAUACGAAGAAGACGGAUUCAAGCUUGAAAUACCUUACAAGCGAACAAAAGAAGGUGAUAAAAGCAGAAAAUAUGUAACCAUGCUAGACUACUAUGCAUACUACCUACAGCAAAGACCCGACCAAGGCAUGUCGCUGCUAACAUCUAGACAUCUAUCGCUGCAAUUUUGGGUGGAUGUUUACACAUGCAUUGAGCAAAACAGACUAAGCUGGAUCAGGAAUAAUCAAGGGAAGCUACGAACUGAACUUUACAGUGGACUGCAGGACGCGAUUGAGAGAGGGGACACCAGAACAGAGCAGGUCAGAAAGAGGAUAAUUGUACCUUCAUCUUAUACAUGAGGUAGAAGAAACAAGGCACAAAACUUGCAAGACGCAUUUGCAAUAUGCCGUUAGGCUGGAUAUCCAGACCUGUUUAUAACAUUCACAUGCAAUGCAAAGUGGCCCGAGAUCCAAUACAUGCUAGAUGAAGCAAGAGAAGGCCUCAAGCCAGCCGACCGACCAGAUAUUGUUGACCGAUAUUCAUGAUAAAACUGAAGGAGCUAAUGAGAGACAUCGUUG